AGGAGCCGCUCCCGCCGCUCCCCGGCAUCUCACCCGGGCAGGAGCCGCUCCCGCCGCUCCCCGGGAUCUCACCGGGGCAGGAUGCGCUCCAAGAGGCUCACCACCGAACCUCCGUGUAUAACAGAAGAAAUGUUAGAAGAAUGCUUAGCCACAGAUGAUAUGCUUGUCGAUUUCUUUAAUGAAUUUUUGAGUCUUCCGACUUUUGCCCAGCCAGUGAAGUUUAACUCUGAUGCUGGGGCUUUUGAAGUAGUUAAUGAUGCCCCACAACGCCUGGAAAGCCAGCCGAAAAAUAUUCUACAUGAUCAAAAACCUCCAAGCCCCAUUUGUGAUGUUCUAAGCAAGGAAAAGAAUGAUGGGCAGCUCUCCAAAAUGCACACUGCUUCUUCAACCUUCAGUAUUGAUCCAGAUUGCAACACUAUGCAACUUGAUCAAGAACAAGCAAUUGAGUGGAUUAAGAAAGAAAGGCUUCCAGCGUUUCUAGAAAGUGACUGUUACUUUGAAUACAGACUAGCUAAAUUGAUAUCACAAGUGGAAUGGAGCAAGACUGGCAUUAAUUUCAUUAUAGAUAGUGACUACUCUCCCUGGAUAAGGAUAAGGAAGCAAAGCCCAAGUUCUCCCUCUCCUGAGGAGGAGGAGGAUGACUCUUCGUUGACUUCAUUGACUAUGAAGAAGUUCUAUGUAUCACUUGGCCAGGCUACAGUUUCUCAGGUAAAGGAUUGGUUUACCUUGGCAAAACAAGGUGAUUCCGUGCAAACAACAGAUUCAUAUACGCAUCCUGUAGUUUCUAGUAAAAUUCAAGAUACUCAGCAUUUGCCUGGGCAGCAUAAAAGAGAUGAAUCAUUGCCUGGAAAAGGUCCCCUUCUGGGGCCAGCAUCUGCAGAAGCCCAUGUUACCAGUGAGAGGUCCAGAGGGGCUGAGGAGGUCUACUCUGUGGCUGUUGCUGAAGCUGUCUCCCACACGCGGUCAAGAGUUUAUGUACACCCAAAAUGGCACAGUGCAGCAGAAGAGGAGGAUGAACAGGGAAGCACAACUUCUCAGACAAUGGAAGAAUCCACACCAAUAUCCUCUCAAAAUGCAAUGAAGGAACCCAUUUCAGAGCUGACCCUCCCGUCAGCUGCUGACAUUGAAACCUUAGAUUGCAAGGAAGAUGAAAGAAAACAAGGAAUCUUAAGUCCAAGUUCUGAAAGUGUUGGGCCAGACAGCAGGGCUGCCUGGUGUCUUAGUCACGGGACGUACGACACUGGCAACAGACACGAGUUUGAAAGAUUCAAGAAGUUCAUUAAAGGAACACUUGGGGAGAGGUACUGGUGGCUCUGGAUGGAUAUUGAAAGACUGAAGGCUCUUAAGAACACUACAAGGCAACAAAGGCAACUCAGUAAGAUGAAAAAACUGUACCUGCUGAGCAGUGGAGACUAUUUCCUCAGUUCAGAAGUGUUGCUCAGACUUGAGCUACUGCAUGGAGAUCAGUGGAAUAUAAUGCAUUUAAGACGGAUUCAGCCAGAAGUAGUGAAACCACUACUUCUUUACUGGGGUCCCAGAUUUUGUGUCACUCAUUCAACAGCAAUAGAUGCUGCCAGUGCAAAACUGAAGUUUUGGCACACGUGUCAAGAGAGGCCAAGAAUGGACGUUGAUCCUUUCCCACAAAUAGUAUCAUUGUUGCCGUUGACCCAAAAGUCUGACAUACCACCUUCCCUUCUUCAGAGGUCAUCAGGAUUACUACCUAUUCUCACAGGAAGUCGGACUCUCCGAAGGGAUGAUAUUUCUAGCAUUAGAAUGCGGCCAAUGUCAGUGAGCACAGAUGUGAUUCAUAGCUUAGCUCUGGAUGGGACUAAAGACUCAGAAUACCAGGGUCAUAGAAAGUACACCUAUGCUGAGCUUCUCCAUGGGAAAAGUGUUGCUAGCAGUGUGGUCUUCAGGGGAUCAGGAAUUGAAAGCAUGCUGCAGUCUCUUUAUUUGGAGAACAGAGCAGGCUACUACUUCACACAAUUCUGUGAGAAGUCAGGGAAUAAGUUAUGGAAGAACUGCGUGUACUUUUGGUUCGACCUACAGGCUUAUCAUCAGCUUUUUUACCAAGAAACCCUUCAACCUUUUCAAAUAUGCCAGCAAGCUCAAUUCCUUUAUGCAACUUACAUUGCUCCAUCUGCCAGUAUGGACACUGGACUUCAUCAAGAAAAGAAAAAUAUGAUUUAUCACAAAAUUGACCCGGCUUUUGAGGACCUUUUUGACCCAGCAGAAGAACAUAUCCUCACUGUUUUGCUGGAACCAUGGAUGAAGAUGGUGGAAGAAGACAAAUACACUUAUAGAAAGGUGGAGUUGGUGGAAGAAACUCAACAGCUGGACUCCGUGUACUUUAGAGAGCUCCAGGCUUUGCAUCAAGUGAGUUCCGAGAAGGAUGAGAGUACUGUUGCUGACACGGGGGCUCUCAAAGAAGAUCAGCACUUGCAUCAAGUUCCCAAAGAAUUGGCAGGUCCUAAUCUGUCUGACCUGAUCCAUGACAAAGAGAAGUUAGAACAGUUCCAGGCUUUUCUUGAUAAGCAUUCUGCUAGCAUGGAUCUCAUGUGCUGGCUAGAUAUUGAAGAGUUCAGAAAGAUGCUCGAAAAGGAUAAAGAAAAAAGUGAUGAAAAAUCGAAAGACAUUAAAACCAAGUUCUUAAACAAUGAGUACUUCUUUGGACCCAACAGCCCAGCUACCAGAGAACAACAAGAAGAGCUAAUGCAUUCAGGUGGAGGAAGGAGACAAAGCCUUCAUGAUCAGCUUUCGGCAGAGGCUCUGCUACAAGUUCAGCAAUGUGUCCAAAAGAGAUUAGAAAAACAAUGGCUGCCAUUGUUCCUGGCAGAAGAACACCGUGGGGCAGAGGAAGAAGCAAAGCAUGUGGACAAUAAGAGUGUUUCUUCAUCUAGUGAAAUAAUUGCUUUCCGCAAGGCGCUCUUGGAUCCAGUGACAGCAAAUCUGUUUCAACGCUUUGUGGCACAGAAGGGAGACCUCCUGGGGAAUGGAGUGCUCUUUUGGCAAGAGGUGCAAAAGUAUAAGGACUUGUGCCAUUCUCAUUGUGAUGAUGCCAUAGUUCAGAGAAAGAUCACAGCUAUUAUUGACUGCUUUAUUAAUUCUGCCAUACCCCCAGCUUUGCAGAUUGACAUCCCACCUGAACAAGCAAAAAAGAUUGUGGAGCACAGGAAAGAACUAGGACCUUACAUUUUUAGAGAGGCACAGAUGAGUAUUUUUGCUCUUCUGUUUAAAUUUUGGCCAGAAUUUUGUAAAUUCCAAAGUGAUCCAGAGAGUGUCAAAAUUCUAGUGUCCUUGGAGAAAAAAAAGGAAAAAGAUAUGCAAAAGAUGGAAGGGAUAACAGCAAAGGGUAAAGAAGCAGGAAAAAAACUCAUUAAUUUGGCUCAACCCAAGUCCUUGACUCAACUCAAGUCCUUGACUCAACUCAAGCCCUUGACUCAGCCUGAGCCCUUGACUCAGCUUAAGCCCUUGACUCAACUGCCAAAGAGUGUUUUGCUAGAUGAGCUUGAUGUUAAGAGAAGAUCAUCAGCAGCUUUAGCACCUGUACAAGGACCUGGGAGGAAGGCUUCCUGGUCCUAUUCCAAGUACAUAGAAGCCUUGGAGCAGGAAAGAAUACUCAUCAAAAGGCAAGAAGAUCUGCAGAAAACCUCAUCAUCAUCACUCCCUGCAGGUUAUUUGUCUAUGUCCUCCCGGAAACCUGAAAGUUUUGUAAAAGCCACCAUUCCUACAAAGCCUAAAUUCUGAAUCUUCCCAAGAAGCAGGAAGCACAUCAAAAUCUCUCUGAGGAGAGAAUGCAGAGACAUUCAAUGGAGGUGGCCAGGAGACACAAAUGUAAUGUGCUUGCAAGGUUUGUUCUUACAAUUCCAGAGCAAAGAUGAUGACUUGUAAUAUUAUUAAGAACCAGGAGAUCGAGGCUAGAAAAUAAACAUGUUCCAAUGUGUUCUAUUUCAACCUGAUUGUGACACUGGCUCUUGUGUUUAUAAUUUAAUAAUACACCUUGCUCAAAUUGCAGUGGGAUUCCACCGAAGUAUGCAUGGUGCAAACUACUAGGUAGUCUCCACCUUAAACAUCUUAUAAUCAAGCCCAGUUCUUCAGUGUUUGAUCUAAUGAAUAAGUAAAACACUGCCUUGAACUGACAGCCCUGAAGCAGGGUGUUUUGGCACACUGUGCUCUCACUAUGCAAUUCACACAGCUUCUGUUCAUCAAGGAUAACUCAUGAGGUCUCUGAGUUAUUAUAGAGGCAGAUGUUCUUGUUGUUUCCUCCCAGUUCAAUCUGAUUCCUGUUUCAAAGUUCACCUUCUGUCUCAUUUCUGAGUUUUGACCCACAAGAAAGGAUUAAAAUCUCUCAGGACACAGAUGGGAUUGGGACCUUAUAUACAAUAUCAUUAGUCCCAAGACAUUAGUCAACAGAGGGUUGCUCUUGCAUAGCUCUCCCUACUUCUAAGAAGUUUCUAAGAUGCUGCAUUCCAAAAGACUUGGGGCACAGUAGAUGUGGGGACUAAGGACCAAGGCUUAAUUGAGAAAUUAAAAGGGGGCAGGGGAAGAAUUAACUACUAGGCAAGAGACAGGAUGACACUACACCUCUCCACAUUCUUCAGACCUCUUUAAAAACCAGUGCCCAGCCACAAAGCUGUUGGCUCCAUUCUCCCCCACAUGUGUGUAACGCAUGUAAAAGAAAGGCUGAUCAGCAAGCUCCAGUGAGCCGUUCCCAAGGAUUAGCCCUGAGUUAGGGAUGGGACUGUCUCCUGCUGGAGACAGGCUGGCAGGGAAGAAAUACACUUUCUUUUAUGGAUGUAGUUGUCCUGAUCAUAUAUUCUUACAGGAGAAGCAAGGGAGAUCAUUGGUUCAUUUCCUGCUUUGCCCAUGGUUCAGAGUUUGCUUCAUGCCUGUCUGCACUCGUUCCGUAUUUGAGUUACCUGAAAAAUAUGUUUUUGGUGGAAGCUACAAGGGAGUAAAACAUAAAAUUCUUUCCCUGCUUUUAAUGUUUUCCUAAAUUUCACAAAUGCAGUAAACUUUAAUGUUCAAUACAUCUGAGGAGGUUGGAAUGCAGCAUCUUGUAGUGAGCAAAGCACAUGUGGUGUUAUGUGGGGCCUACCACUCAUUAAUGUGAAAGGCAAAGAAUCAUGAAGUGCCAUAAAUGCAGUGAUGUAUGUCACCCUAAAAAGCACAUGGAAGGCCACCUUCUACUGCUGUGGUCAGUGCAGUGCACGCAACCAAAUGCUGGAGCAUGGCAGGCUGUUUGUGUUGCUGUAUUCUUGCCUUCAUGGAAUUUUGAGGCAGUUAAGUAAUGUGCAGACAUUGCUUAUUUUAUGCUUGUAGUUCUGACAAGAGUAAUACUUGGAUUACUUAAAAAAUUAAAAAUAUUAUCCAGAUAUUUGUUACAAAUGCUAAAACUCCUUGUGAAUGUUCCAGCCUUGCCAACUAGUGAACAACAAUUUACCAGCUAAUUUACCUCAUGCAAAAAACUACUGUCCGAGACAGUUGUGUUCAUUAACACUAUACAUGUUAAUGAAACUUAGAAAGAAGUACUUAAUUUGUGAAUAGAAUUUUUCAAACUGGCCCUAUUCACACCAAGUGCUGCAAACUGAAGUUUACUCUCAAUCUAGUUUGCUGUUCUGUCUCUGUGGCAGCUGAAACAUCUGAGUGUAUGUAGACACACGUGCGCUGUUUUAGUGCCAAGGCCAUGUCUUCAGGACACAAUGAGAAGGGUCACAUGUAUCAGCAAUGCUAGAGCUACAUGGCAUAUCAUCAUUUUCAUUUUAUGUGUCAAUUUUAAAGAAAUACCGGGCAAUUGAACAGAGAAUACAUUAAGAGACAGGGACCCUUAAAUUUCUGGGUUACUGGAUCUAAUCUAAUGCAAUGGCAGAUACCCUAGAGUUGCUAUUUUGUGAUACACCAGAAAUGGAAUAGUGGUUUAAGUCUCAUCCCAAGGGACCAGUUCCAGCAGGGAAUCUGAGUACUGACUAAGCAUUAUUACUCUGAAUGGUGAUUCUAUAUAACUUCAGAACACUUGUACUGCUAUUGUCUUUUUGUCUUACUCUUGAGAUCUGUUCUCUCUCAGGUUGCUGAUUUACCACCUAUGUGAACUCAGCAGUUUUAAAGAGCUAGAAAAGUUUUUCUCAACAACCCCAGCACCUCUCCCUUCAGACAAUUAAAAUUUAUUCCUUGUUUAUUUUGAGUACUUACACUUUGUGACACUCAGAAGUCUCUACAGCAGAACAGCAGUUCUCUGGGAAGUUUGCUGUUACAGAUAAUAAAACCAAUUCUCUUUUCCAGAAACUUGCAAACCUAGAAAACUUCUGGAUAGAUGUAUGCUAGUAGUGUUAAAAUACACAAUGCAAUCAUACUCAUUCAGGCUUACUUUUGAUGUUUACUCCCAAUUAAUGGACUAUAAUAAUAGAACUAUUAUUUUGGAUUUUUAAAGAUGUAAUUUAAAUUCAUAAUUAUUUACAUUAAGAUGCUAUUACUGUGUAUUUCACUUUUUUCUUAUCAGACCUGACAUAUUUAUUAAAGCAAUUUAUAAUUUUUGAGAGUGUAGUCCCGAAAUUGCUCAUUCAAAUACUUUUGCCAUCAACACAAGCUCUGAUUUUGUGCUUCAGAAGGGGCUUUAUACAUUUUGCUUUGAUUUCUCUUCUGCUGCAUGACAUAAAAUAUCAGACCAUGAGAUGAAUUCCUGAAACUACAUAGUGCUGCAUUAUGUCACUAAGGUGCACACUUCUGUCAGUUUACAGGAGUGGUAGUAGCCAUGACCAGACCACUUAAAAGGGGCAAAAUGCUUUUUCCUUUGAGUCUGUGCAAGGCUGCUCUGCCAUUGCCUCUGUACUCCUCAUGAUCCCCUUUUAAUGGCUAUUUCUUAAAGUCCUGUUAAUGGGGAACUGUCUUGGACUACUAACUGUGGUUUCAUUUGACUCCUUCAAGGUGUGAAAAUCUGGUUUUUAGUCAUCAGAUAUUGAGAUCAGCAAUGGGGAGAGGUGCUUUGCAGUUACAGUAGUGGGGGGAGCAGACCCAGUUUCUCUUGCUAUACAGUAUGGGGUGGCCAAGGCCAGACUGAUUUGUGCCACACCGUCUACAUCAUUCACAUGAGAAGAAUAAUAGUGAUUCACUUUGCAAACAUGUUUGACUUAAAAAACAGAAACUUGCAGCAAUGAAAACUACAGAUAAAAGCAUCAAUGAACUGGAUAUUUGCAUCUAUUUGGGCCCCUUGGUUUCCUGCUGUUGAGAGCACUGAAAAAUGGCAGGUGCUCCUUCAUUGCUCCUUCUGUGCCUUUAGCCCAGUUCAGUGUUCCAGGUACAUUUUCCGUCCUCUACUUCUUGUAUGCUUGUGAAAUGGCCAGCCCCAGUCCCAACUAACACCAUUGUUCUAGUCAGAAAUGUUGAUUUAGCAUGUGUGUGUAAAAAGGACUGAAGAGAGAACAGAUGUUCCAAAGUUCUGUCCCAAACUCGGGAAAGAAAACCCUUUAAUUAUUUAUGUUUCUAAUGUUAAAUGCUGGGUCAAAGUGAUCACUGUGAAGCUGCAUGUGGCCAGUUAAACUGCAGUAAUUUGGCUUAAAUUUGACCUAUUUAAACUCUCCCAUUACAUUCAACUGGUGAUUUUUGUUACUACCUUUUUAUAGAAAUGUUUUUAGCCAGACAUUGUGAAUCAUGUCUGAAUACAGCUAAGAUGGGGUUAACUAGUAUUUUUUUAAGCUUACGGAACAUUGUUGGUUUUAAUACAUUCAAUAGUUGCUGUAAAAAUGUUAGGGAAAGACAGGUUUGAACAAAAAAUUUAGCUCUGGAUCUGUACUUACAAUUCACACCCACCUAAUUUUGAGCACUCCCAGGAUUUCAGGGAGUUAUAAUUCACAUCUGUGUUUCUAACUCCUUCAUGCAUGAUUGUCUGAAUGUGCACUUUUGGAAUAGGUCCAUGUCUAAUAGGCUAAAUUGUAGUUCCCAAAUCAGAAGCCACAUGGUACUGCUACAUAGUUUUCUUUUAUUUUCUCCUCUUAUAAUGUAGCCUUCAAAAAAAGGUUCUGUCAGUGCAGCAAAUGGGAUCAUUACAAAACACCAAAGUCUACACUUUCUACCGACCUGCCAUAGAACUCACACAUUUUUAUUUCUACCAAUGAUUUAGUAAAGCAUUUGCACAAUGACCACAGUGGACACUCCUCUGUCAAGUAAUUAUUUAUCAGAGCACUGGAGCAGAUUUGAAUGAGCAGGACUCACUAAGCUGUCCUAGUAUGGUAAGGAUACUUAAAGUAGAGAUGAGAGUCUCUUGUUUUUAAUACUCAUAGAGUCAAGCUAAUUUUUAUGUCAAGCACAGGCUGUAUUUACUUGGAUUUUCCUCUAUUUCUCUACUAAUUAAAAUAUUUUAGUUUCGUGGUAACAUAUGUGAAAGUGUUGACAACAGCUUUGCUCAAUCCACAUGUUAAUUAUGUAUUUGCUCAGAGUAUGCUGAUGAACUGUGUGCACUUCUCAUGUUAAGAUUUCAUUUAAUGUCAAAGGAAAAAUGGGAAUGUAGUAAGUGGAUUUGUGCUUUUAAUUUUAGACACUUCUUUUUGCUCUCAAACUAUCUUGUACAAUUCCUCUGCACCACAUGCAUUUGAAAAUAUUUUGUUGGCAAGAAGUUAAAGAAGAAAGUAAUACUUGCUUCUCAGAAUAGGAUUUCUGAACAAAGCAAAGCAAUUUUGCCAUUAAUGAGACAGUUAAAUGAAACAAAUGACACGGCAAGCAAGAAAAAGACCACAGCAUCACACUCAAGGAAUGCACAGGCACACAAUGGCUUAUGCAAUAUUCUCCAUCUGACUAAGUGAGCAAAUACAGAGAUUUCCCUGGAAUUAUUCACUACAAUAGGCCAUGGUGACUAUAGCUCAGUAAAUGCAACCAGCAAGCUUAUAACAUUCUUAGUAGUUUUCAUCCAUAGACAACUCAAUGGAUUCCAUCCCAGCUGCAAGACCCAACCCAGCACUAGGUUUGUAAACCCCAGACUCUGAUUGGCUUGCAUACCAUUCCUGAAAAUGGUACUUUGGGAAUUGAAUCUAUCACAUCUCUAGAAUAAUUUACACCCUUGCUGUUUUGUAUGUGCAUAUGUGUGUAUAUGUGCAUAUAUGUAUAUAUUUAUAUAUAUAUACACAUACAGAGUUCAACAAAUGCAUAAAAUUACCUUCUUUGGUAAACUCUUUAACCAUCAUAAUUGCAUAGGGCUUAAGUUUGGUGUAUAUGUAUAAUUUUUUUUUCUAAUACAAUAUUUCAACCAUUUUUC